GAAACAUCAACAAAAAUAAUUAAAGGUCCAUCAAAUAGCCAAGAGGUUAAAAGUUCAUUCAGAAGUCAAAGAUAAAUACUUAAAACCGUGAUGUCCUUUAGACUCCAAGAGUGCAUCUUAAAAAAUGACAUCGAUAAUCUCCAAUUGAAACUGAAUAAGAGCAACAUCAACAAGUUUGACGAAGAUGGUUUCACACCUCUGUACUUUGCUUGCAUGAAGCAUUGCGUAGAAGUUGAGACUAUCCAAUCGUUGCUGAGUUUUGGUGCAUCAGUUGACCUGAAAACCAAGGAUGGUGAAACGCCUUUAUAUAUCGCAGUUUUUAAUCGACGCUAUAUGGUUGCCAGUUUUCUGGUGAAUAAUGGUGCCAACGUGAAUGAAGUGAAUGGCCCCAGAAAGGAAACGGCAUUGCAUAUCGCCUCUCGUUUUGGCUACGAAGAUUUCAUUCCUUUUUUGGUGGAAAAGGACGCCAAUAUCGACGCACUAAAUAGUGAGUCAGAAACUCCACUGUACGUGGCGGCUAAGGCAGGUCGGCACGAUUCGACGUUUCUCUUGUUGGCGGCAGGUGCCAAUGCAUCGCUCAGCAACAAGGAUGGCAAAAUACCUCUUUACAUUGCAUCUGAAUUAAAGCAUAAACAUGUUGUCAUUGUGUUGAAAGCUUCUAAGGAAUCUUUGAUACACGCUAAAGCGGAGGCGGAUGUUGAGCUGCGAAUGCGCCCUCAACGGGUGCUCUCCACGAACGACAUGUUAAACCGUGCGGCGGUUGACGAGACGUACCGGGCCGAUAUCCACCGUCGGCACUCCAUCCCCUCGGAGGUUCCCAACACGACGCCCAUGGUCCUGACGGAGAUUAAAAUACCACAACCUAGGUUAAGGACGCACGACCCGUUAACAGGGAAGUCGUAUGGGCCCUGCCGAAGUCUGGAGGAGGUCGGCUACGACGAACCGCCGCCGAUACCGGCGGAGCUGAGGAACCUCCCCCCCCCAAAAUUGCCGCGCACAGGGGGAACGACAAUGAUGGUUGGAACAGGUACCUCAGAGGGCGGACGUGUGCCGGUUCGUGUAGAUGGCCUUGCAGAGAAUGAGGUGAUGGAGUACCUAAGUCACUCCAUUCACAAAAAUGCUUGAGCAAAUUAUCCACAAUUCCUUCAUCGGAUCUGUUGGAAACGUGAAUUAUAUCUAUUAUAUAAAAAAAAUCAUUAUAUAUACACUUUUUUUUAAAAAAUUCGUAGCUAAUGUAUUCCUUAUUUUAUUCUAUCAAAUUUUUAUUUUUGAAGUAGUAGUCUUUUAUUAAUUCCUGAAAUUCCA